AUGACCUCCCCCUACCAUCGCCGUCCUAUACCAGAUUACUUCCUCGCCUCCCCACUUGCCGCCUUCCUCUAUCCUCUCCACCACAUUCUCCUCAGACUCCGCGGACCACCUCGAUUACCUCCACCAGACGCCCACCCCAUCCGAGUAGUCUGCAUCUCCGACACCCACACCCUCGAGUGGGACGAUGUGCCAGACGGUGACCUUUUAAUUCACGCUGGUGAUCUAUGCAAUGAUGGCAGCGUGCGCGAGAUCCAAGCAGCGGUAGACUGGCUCCAAGGACUACCACAUCCCCACAAAGUAGUCAUUUGUGGCAAUCAUGACAGCUACUUUGACGUACGGUCACGACUGGAAGAAGACCGGGACAAAUCUUUCGCAACGGUCUCCUCCUCCACAGCCUCUCUUCGCUCCAUCGAUGACCUCGAAAGUCCCCACCGCAUCGACUGGGGCGACAUCCACUACCUCCAACACUCCGCGGUCACCAUCUCCUUCCCCCCACCUUCACCCGCCGGAUCUCGCGCCCGCUCCCUCACCAUCUACGGCGCCCCUCAAAUCCCCGCCCUUGUCCCCUUCGGCCCCGAACAUGCCUUCACUUACCCACCCCACUACGACGCCUGGUCAGGCACCGUGCCCCUAAACACCGACAUCCUUGUCACCCACACCCCACCACAAUCCCAUCUCGAUCUCUCCCCCGUCUACUCCACCGGCUGCCCAUUCCUCCUCACAGAAGCAUGGCGCGUCCAGCCCGCCCUCCACGUAUUUGGGCACAUCCACGCUGGUUACGGCAUGGAGCCAGUCUACUGGGAUGAGGCGCAGAAAGCGUGGGAACGACUCUGUGCGUCGCGGCGACGACGGGCCCGUAACGGCCGGUUCAGCUCGCUCUUUGGCUUCCUCCGAGAUCUGUUUGAUAUUUCCGGAUGGGUUGACUCGACCCGGGUCGUAGUAUAUGGUGUUUUGGGAGUGGUGUGGGCUAAGGUUUGGGGUGGUGAAAAUCGCGGCUGCGGAUGGAUGGUGAAUGCAGCUUGCAUGUCUCGUGAUUCGAAAGGGUUGUCAAAUAAGCCGCAGGUUGUGGUUUUAUAA